AGUUGAGAGAAUCUUGCUGAAUCUCUCGAGGAACCAAAGGACUCAAGAUGUUCAAAAGAUCUAAAGUGACGGAUGCGUCGGCCACUGGCCAAGAUCCUGAUGCAGAUUUGAAUAGAGAAGUGGGAAUCAAGAAAAAAUCUAGAGUCCCUGGGGUGAUGAUAACACAGUAUAUCGAGGAGCUGCCAGAGGGAAAGACCCAUCCAGACUUCACCCGCAAACCAAUUGCUUUGACCAUCCAAGAGGGCAAAUUUGCUUAUUUUAAAGCAAUUGUCACUGGAGACCCACAGCCGACAGUAACAUGGAGCAGAAAUAAUGGAGAUGUGUCUGACACAGCAAGAUAUCAAACUAAAUACGACCCCAAUACUAAUGACCAUACAUUUGAGAUGCCAAAUGUUAUGCCGGAUCAGGCUGAUACCUAUAAAUGCUUUGCUAAAAAUGAAUUUGGUCAAGCCGUGGUCACAGUUGUCCUGAAUGUGAUAGAAGUUGGUUUCAAUAAGAACGCUGCCCAGAAACCAGCAGCUGAGGCCAUCAAUGGGAAUUUUAAGAAUGUACUCAAAAGGAAAAGUAAGGUCCUUUCCAAAUCUGAACAACCUGAGAGAAAAGAUGGGGAGAUCGAUCCUAGAUUUUGGGAGCUUUUACUUAGCGCUAAAAAGAAGGACUAUGAGGCGGUUUGUGCAGAGUUUGGAAUAACUGACUUUCGCUGGAUGCUCAAGAAGCUUAAUGAAAUUAAGAAAGAAAGGGAGGAAGAACAAGCUGAGUUCGUCAAAAGCUUGUCCAACCUGAAACCAAUGCAGUUCAGUUCAGAAUCUUCUGCAUCCUUUGAGAUAGAUAUGGACCUUAUUGAUCCAAGCAGCUCCGUAUUCAUAUACAAGGAUGGUGUAAUGAUUCCGUAUACAAAGGACAUGGGAGAACAGAUGAAGCACACACUCAAACAAGUGGGGAGAAAGUUUAUUUUCAGCAUGAAGGACCUUUUGCCAGACGAUGCUGGACUGUACCAGUUGGAUGUAGAGGGGGUGAAUAUGUUUUCCACAGAUUUUAAAAUCCCCAUGGUGGAUUUCUUGGUGAAAAUUCAGGAAGUGAAGGCAGUAGAGAGACAAGAUGCUGUUUUUGAGUGUGUCCUGUCAAAUCCCUUCUCCAAGACAUUGUGGUUUGGCAAGAAUUUGCCACUGGAACAGGGGGAUAAAUAUGAUAUCCUGGUUUCAGAUGACAAGCUCAUUCACACACUGGUGGUCAAAGACUGCAUGAUUGUAGACAAAGGAAUUUAUUCAGUCUGCGCGGGAAUCAAGUCUUGCAAUGCCUGGCUUGUUGUUGAAGCCGAUAAAGAUGCUCAAAAGGGAAAGAAAUCAGUAAGGAAAACAACAAAGGCAGGAGGAUCAGGGAUGGACCUGAAGAAGUUAGCCGAAGAGCAGCAGACGAAAUUAGUAAAGGAAAGAGAGGAAAUAAAAGAACAGAUUAAAGCUGUUGCAGUUGCACCUCCACCUCCAACUGCACCUGAACCUGAGCCUGAACCUGAGGCACCCAAAGACCCUGAGCCGGAAAUCGUGAAGGAACCAGAUCCACCCGUGGUAGAGGAAGUAAAACCUGGUCAUUCUGUCAAAACAUCACCAGCACCAGCUGGAGAGUCGGGAAGUGGUCAUUCAGACAAAACAUCACCAGCACCAGCUGGAGACUCUGGAAGUGCUGAAGAAGAAAUUGCCGAUAAAAGACUUGACCCACCACUCGCAGAUGCAGGAGCUGAGCCUGUAAUUACCUGCAAGCUGUCUGACGUCUAUGUUCUUCGUGGAAAUCCGGCUGACUUAACAGUGAAGAUCGACAUUGACUGCGACAGCUCCUGGUUCAAAGAUGGAGAGCAGUUAAACUCAAGUUCUGAGGUCAAAAUAACCAAAGCUGGAACCUCUCACAACCUGUCGAUUCGAAGCUGCAGUGAGGACGACUCUGGAGUUUAUCGUUUUGAAACAGGGAGUGUCAGUACACAAGGAAAAGUCACUGUUGGAGUCGUACCUGAAUUUGACCCAGAUGACCUUCACAAAUUCUCCAAACCUGUGAUCGUAAGAGUGGGGCAGAACGCUGCCUUCAAGAUGCCCUUGACUCCUCAGGAGGGUUUGGUGGUUAGUUGGUUCAAGGAUGGCGCUGAGCUCAAUGACGGAGGAGGAGUAAAGAUCGUGAGGGAGCCCAAUCACAGCCGGCUGCUUCUCAGAGACUGCCUGCGGACAGACGCGGGGGAAAUAAAGAUCCAGCUCAAAAACCCAUUUGGGGCUGUGGAGGCCACAUCUCGGCUUAUUGUGCUUGAUAAACCAGGUCCACCGGAGGGUCCAGUGGAAGUUGUUGAAAGCACGUCAACCAUGAUUGAGAUUCAAUGGAACCCUCCCAAAGACGAUGGCUGCUCCCCUGUCACCAACUAUGUUAUAGAGCGUCAGCAGGAAAGACAAAGUCACUGGAUGAAACUUGGCGAUGUCUUAGCUGACAAGACCUCCUUCAGAGAUAGGAAUGUGGCUCAUGGGAAGAUAUACAACUACCGCAUCUACGCAGAAAACCCACAGGGCGUCAGCGACUCCCUGGAGACGGCUGAUAGCAUUAUGGCUGGAAUAUUGAUUCUCUCAGGUCCACCCGGUGCCCCCACACUGGUGAGUGCCACCAAGACCUGCAUCACGUUGACAUGGACCCCUCCUGAGGACGACAGAGGAGUACCAAUCAUCGGUUACCAAUUGGAGAAACGAAAGAAGGAUACAAAUAAGUGGAUUGCCCUGAAUGCACUUAAUGAACCUAUUGAAGAUGUGAACUAUGCAGUGAAAGAUGUUACUGAGGGAGCAGAGUAUGAGUUCAGGGUCGCAGCGAUCAAUGAGUCAGGAGCGGGAGAUCCAAGUCCCCCCUCUGAAAUGGUGUGUGCAAAGAAUCCCAACAUGAGACCUUGUUUUAAAGACCCAGAGGACUUCAUUGUUGUCAGAGCAGGAAACUCUGUACGUGUGAACAUUUGCUAUGAGGCUGAACCUCCACCUCAGAUCACUUGGUUGAGGAAUGAUGAGCCAAUAUCCCCGUGGAUUAGUGUCAUCAAUACAGAGGGAAUGUCUCAGCUUGUUAUUCCCUCAUCAAAGCGCUCAGAUUCAGCUAUCUACACUAUCCAUGCCAAAAACUCAGUUGGUGAAGCUUCAUUUGACAUUGAGGUUAGAGUCACAGAUGAACCCAAGUCUCCAGGGCCAGUGGAGCUGGAGCAAACAGUCCAGGACAAAGUGAUGAUUUCAUGGGCUCCAUCUCCAGACCAGGAGCUGGACGACCGCCUGUACUACAUGGUGUCUCAACACGACUCUAACACCAGAGUGUGGCGGAAUAUAGCAGAUCGCCUCUUCACUAACACAUACACAGCCAGCAAAAUCUAUCCUGGGAGAGAGUACCAUUUCCGGGUCUACGCCAAGAAUGACGUGGGACUCUCAGAUCCAUCCGAGUCUCCCACAUGGGGUGCCAACAGCAACAGAGUUCCAAUAUCUUCAUAUGGAGUUGUUUCGUCAGAGAUCAGCUUUGAGAGGCCUCCAUCUAUCUUGGUUCCUCUGAAAGUCCACACACCACCUAAAGGUUACCAACUUUACAUGACAUGUGCCGUCAGAGGAUGCCCUCGACCCACUGUAGCCUGGUACCUGAACGACGUCUGCAUCAACUCAGAUAAAAACUACUACAUCACCAACUCAUGUGGUGUGUGCUCCAUUUACAUUCUCAGAGUAAGAUCAAUAGACAGCGGAGAUUACAGAGUUGUUGCACUCAACUCACUUGGACAGGCAGAGUGUUCUACGAAACUUAUUGUGAGAGAAUAAAAUGGCAUCAAGACAAUGCAGCUGUUCCUCUUUUUGAGAUAUUCUGGAUAAGGGUGUGGAAUGCUUUGUUUGACUACAUAGAAUACAUUAAAAGUGUGUUUCACUAGCACUAGCUUUCAAGUGCUAGUUUCACUAUAACUUAUUUUGUAAAGUGCUAGUUUCACUACCACUUUACAAAACAAUAUAACCAGAAUUGUAAUGGUUUAACUUAUUUUAUUUAUUUUGAAAUAUAACUGAUUUACAAUUGUUAUCUUGUCAUCAGAAAUUAUUAUUAUUUAGCAUGAUUGAAGUGACAAACUUCGAUGACAAAGUCAUCCGUCAACAUUUUUUCUCUUGUAGCAACUGCAAUAAAUCAACAAAAAUAAAA